GAAAAGGCUAGCCAAGAAAACGACUGGGCGCACGAGGCUUCUGUGUUCUGUGACUUCUGUCCCUAUCCACACGACCCCGACAUUCCAUGGGCGACUCCGGCGGACCCCACCACCACCGCCCUUCGCCGCCGCCUCUGCUGGACGCCGGCAAGCGACGGCGCAUCCCCAACGUCCGCCUCGCUGGCUCCGUCCCGCUCCCUUCCCACCUGCCCCACCCGCGCCGCGUCCCCAUUGCCCCCGCCACCAGGUCCCGCAAACCCCUCCAACUUCAGCAUAACAGCAACCAGCAUGACCACCCCUCCGCGGAGCCACCCAAUACCCUCCUAAAACCCUUCGUCGACAGCGGCGACGACGUCGUCUUGGCCGCCGCUUUUCCCCGCAAGGUCAGGGCCCCGAAGUCCACAGCAUGGGAGGAUUCGGAGAUGGAGACGGAGACGGAAAUGGAGGAGCAGGAGGAAGUGGUGGACGUGCCGAGCUGGCUAUGGGGGAUGGGUAUGGGGCGCUACGCGGCGGCGUUCGAGGCGCACGAGGUGGAUGCUGAGGUGCUCCCCUGGCUCACUAUGGACGACCUCCGGGACAUGGGCAUUGGUGCUGUCGGAGCACGCCGCAAGCUCUUCUGCGCCAUCCAGAGGCUCAAUUUGCAGCCGCCUCCAUCACGGAGGUGAAACGUUCUGUCUAACCUUCGUGCUGUGGUCUGUGGUCGUGCUAGCUAGUCCGGCGCCCUCUCUUUGCUAGGGGACUAGGAUGCAUGGGUCUUAGAGUGGGUGUGCAAAGUCUAAAACAUGAUCGGUUUGCUUAGCUGUGAAACUAUAGCAUGGUCGGUUUGCGGCGCCCGUUGCAUAGUGUAGAUGUGGAGAAGGCGAAAUAGAAAUGCUAACUCCACUGUUUUUGGUGUUGUCUAAUGCUUUCGUGGAAGUGCUAGGAUGAUGUGUUGUUGGAUGUAAAUGUGAAAGAUAUGGAAUAGUAAUGCUCAGUUGUUGACCUCAUGUUUCGAA